CUCAACGGAUAUUCUCUAGCGAAAUCUCGACUUUUUCCACCGCAUUUUCCUUAUUUGAAUUUAAAUGUACUCGCAACAUGACUCGUUAAAUGCAGGCCCUAUUUCACGAGCAUUUAAGAACCCCUGAUAUUAUCAUGCCUUUUCGAUGAAGCCCCCUGCAUAACUUGAGGAUACCUUGUGAGGCCGCCUAGGUUCGAAAAGUGGCGUAGGCACAUUUCCUUUCGUGGCGAAAGAUGUUAGCCAUCUGAAGCAAUUCUUAACUAGUACCGUAACACAGACCCAUAUAUGAAUCUUCUCUUACGAUAUCGACCCCGCAAGCACGUUUAUUAUGGGAUUGUCACCAUCUAGAUAUAGUUAACCAACAUAUUUCAAUUAGAGUUACUUUUGAACCAAACUUUCUCUUUUGCUUGGAACUAAAAGCAACUGGGUUCACGCAAAGUGGUACGCGUUACCUUCGUACUUCGAUGGCCGAUAUUGUCAGCUCGUUGUUCUUUAUCAACUAUCUUAAACGAGUUGCAACAGUAAUUUCGUCUGGCCUGAUACGGCUGGAACUGCAUUAUAGCCUGUCUCUUGUAGCUUGUAUUCGCUAUGAUCCCGCAAGAAUGGCUGAGAAUCAACAGUGUAUGGGAGUGCUGUGACGUCGAUAUUCGUUUCACCACUGUGGUCAGCAGUUCUGGUGUUCUUAUCAUAAACAGUUGAUUAUACGGUGAUUCAGCUUGGGUGUGUCGAAGUUCUGUGUGAAUGCGCCGCUUAUUUCGGGUCGAUCCUUUCUGCGAAAUCUCAAAAGCCGUCUGGCUGCCUGUCUGUCGCAGUAAGCGUUGUCUCGCUUCGCUCUCUCUGCAUCUCUCUCUCCCCCCUCCCUCUCUCUCUCUCUCUCUCUCUCACUUCGAACAAGGACCGAUAUGUUUUAUGAUCCGGACUGUGGCAAAGAUUCGGGUUACCGUCUCGGCAACGCGGAAUAUGUACCUUCAGGCAACAAAUAAUGCUAAAAAUGUUUCAUGGUCGUAUCUGCUUCAAUAAGAUUACUAGUCGUUUGCUGAAAGUGGCUAAACCGUAGAAAUUCAAAAUUGCCGGCGCUGGCCUCAUGUGUAUCGAGUAUCGGAGCAUAAAAGAGGAAGAAAUUGAAAUGUGACAUGCCAUUUGCAUCUUCGUCGAAUGAGUCAACAUGUUUCAGAUUCCGGGUAAUAAAGUGUUGUGACACGUAAAUGAACUGGAAGUUCAGUGGCUAAAUUUACUUAAAGUGUGCAAGUAUCUAACCAUAAUAGAAUCAUCGCCUACCAAACCCUAUCGGGAUGAGUCGAUUACAAACAGGCAACCCUCUACAAUUCGUUGCUGUUAAGAUCAUGUUCGCGAUCCAGUCUAGAGAAAAACUUUGCUCAGUUGGCAAGGACGCUUACGCAUUAGUUGAAAUGUGUACAAAUGAAAUCUCAAAUUCGCAAAUACUGGACGAAUUCUGCUCCCACACAACGGUGGUGUUUAAUGGUAACCGAAUCCUAGCAUCUGUCUAUGGGAGUUUUGCACUCGUUAGAGGACAUAAGAUUUUGGCAUACAUUCACGUAGUGCCAAAAGACGUCUGCCGGGAACAUAAAUUGUACUACUUGAACGGAAACCUGUUCUGCACCGGCGAAAAACAUCCAGCCAACACUUGUUCAGAAAAUUUGUUACGUAAUUCAGGCCUAACAUCGGGCUCAAAUGAGAUUGAACGCAAUAGAAAAAAACUAUAUUGCGUUGAAAAAGCGACCUACGAUGAGAGCAACCAACGCAAAAGUUCAACAAAUGGAUGGAGCACUGGGGACGACACUGGCUUUAUUGGGGGCAAUUGUAACGAAAUCGAAGUUCUUGAUAAUGAUCGAGAUCAAACGACAAACCAGCAACAGGGUCGAAGACUAGCUCCAUCAAAACGGUACCAGUCAACAUGGCUUGAUAUCUCACAGUGGCUAAAUGUGGUAUCUCAAAAUGGAAGAUGGCAAGAGUCAGCUAGAAUGUCUAUUCGAAGGUUAGAAUACCCCGAGUGCAUCUCUAACUCAAACGAAGUAAUCACCUCUUCAGUAGUUCUUUAUCCUCUAGCGGUUGCUGGCUAUAGUUACGUCCUACACGUCAUGAAAAACGAGAGAACAUUGAUAUCAUCUGAGCUGGUGGUAAAUACAAUGCGGCAACUGCGCAUCGUCAAACUUUCUCUACGAAAAGAUCGUUACCCGGAUACGUUUUUGGCGGACGAAGCCCUACCCGGAACAUACGCAGUGAGCCCAUUAUUGCUGGAUUCAAAAGUUUACGUGGUCAUUUGUAAAUACGAACGCCAUCAUGCUGGCCACAGGGGUCGAUUCGCUUGCGGGUACUCGUACUUCUUAUGCGGAUUAUCGGCGUCGACUGCCUAUCGAGUCCUGUUACGAGCAGAAAUGAUAAACAGAUGGUGCGAAGCUACCCAGUUCAAAGCUGGUGUAAAUGGAGCAGUGCAACUGUCAACACCUCAUCGUUGCGGUUCUAAAUCGCACCCUGUCUUAGAACAACAUAGGAUGAGCAAUGGUCAAACCUCAGCUGACAGGUUGCGUAUUACGAUAAGCAGGUCAUAUUCCGGUGAUUGUCAAGGUAUCAGCCUUCCAGGUUCGAGACAUCCUUUACCGGAACCAAAAACUGAGAUGCCUCCCCUUCCAGCCAUUCAGGUCAUACCCAGUUCAGGCACGCCGGCGUCGAUAAAGGUUUGCAGUUAUGCGCCCCUUGUUGACUGGCUGCUGUCAAAGGCGAAAAAAACUGAGCACCUUGACAAAAAACCUUCAGUGAAUGACAAAACCGUACCUGAAAUACAAGACCCUGAAUCAUUGGUCAUUGACAAUAGUACCAAAAGUCAGGCAUGUCCAGCAGGUUUUCUAUGCAAAGCCUGCGGUAAAGUUCAACAAAUAUCGAAUCGAUACACCUAUCAAAGGCAUCUCAAGUUGGACGCCCUCCAUAAAGCCUAUGUAAAGCUCCAUGAUGUGCAAUUUGCUGAUCACAUAGAGUUAAUCGAAGCUAACUGUGGGAAAUGCAAAGUGAGUCGUGGUAUAGCCGUGGAGACAUCGGAACUACGUCACGUUACGAAGCCAACUCGAAAAGUCACCGAAUCAAAUGUUAAAUAUGUGGCACAGCGUCGCAGGCUUAUACUAAGGUACAACAAAGACUUGAAAAUCAGUCAGCAGGCGUGGUUCUCGAUUUGUCCGGAAGAGAUUGCUCGCCAUAUCGGCUCUCGUUUGAAGAAACUGCAACUUAAGUUGGGUCGACGGAUUCGGAUUCUAGAGCCGUUCUGCGGCGCUGGAGGAAAUGCCAUUAAUUGUGCGAGAAUGCCGCACGUUGAACGCGUUUAUGCGUUCGACAUAGACGCGAAUGAGACAUUCAGUGCUCGACAACUUGCUCAAUUGUAUGAUGUCAGCCAGAAGCUUACCAUCGUCGCAAAGGACACGCUGUCGUUGCGUCCCGAAGACCUUCCGAACACAGUUGACGCUGUGGUUUUUAGUCCACCUUGGGGCGGCCCCAAAUAUCAAGACACCGCGAUUUACGACCUUGCGUCAAUCUGCAAACCUGCCAGCUAUAAUGAAAUUCUCCGUCACUUUUUAACGUUCAGCCGGAGUAUGGCCGUGGUUAUGCCACGCAACAGCUGUCUCGAUCAGUUAGUUCUAUCCGCAAGGAAAAUUGGUUUCAGUGCAGUGGAACUCGAACAAAAUGUCUUGUCUGGAAAGAUCAAGACAGUCACCGUCUACUAUAACGAUCUGGCUAAUUAACGCUAAACAUUUGUUAUAGUUGUGCUUAAUUAUUAAAAUGGAGCUAUUAAAUAUAAUAUUAUAUAAUAACUACUUAUAACUAUAUAACUACUUAAUAACUGUUAAAAUAGAAUAGUUAUUUGACCAACUCGUAACCAUUUUUAAGUUGCACACGAGAGCGAUAAAUAAAUUGAUUGGGUUCCCUAGCAUAACAAAGCUGAUUUGUUGAUUUAUUCACUAUAUGGUCUACUCUAAUAAAAAAAGACUCCAUGGA